GAAGUAAAACCAAAAGAGCUUCAACAACAGCCCCAGUAGGAAGAGAGUUGAGUUGUCGUAUCUCAGUUGAAUAUUUGAGUAUUUUCGUUAAUAAUGUCUUCAGUUCAGCAUCUGAGAGAGUUCGUCACAGAGCGACUGACUGCUGCAGCCGUAGAAAUAUUCGCAGAGUUCGAAAAAAACAUCUUGCGCUACGAGGAAUACAUCAGACUGCUGGAAACCUGCUGGAAACCCCAGAUAAAACUCACCAGGAUCGACCUCCAAAAGUCCCAUUUCUCCAUUGAGGAGGUAGCUUCUUGCAGCCAACAGCUCUCUAACGAGAGGAGGAGGUCCAGUCAUGACCGAGGGGAAGCAGAACCUCUGUGGACUGAAGACGAACAGAUGGAACCAGCUCCUCCUGUGAUUAAAGAACAGGGGGAACCCAGACCUCCUUGGAUUAAACAGGAACAAGAGGACCCAGAAUCUCCACUGUUUGAAGAAGGAAAUAUGGUGUCCGGGUCUUCAUAUGCUACAGAGAGGCAGAUGGAUCCAGAUUCUCUACUGAUUGAAGAACACGAGGAGCCAGAAUGUCCCCUGAUUAAAGAAGAGGAAGAGGAACUGGAAGCUCCCCUAAUUAAAGAAGAGGAGGAACCAGAACCGCAAAUGCUGGAAGAACAAAAGGAAUCAGAAUGUCAAUUGUUGGAAGUAUUAAACGAGGAGCUAGAUUCUUCGCGGCUUAAACAUGAACAGCUGAUAACAGAACAAUUACCAACUAGAAGGGACCAGAUGAACCCCUGCAGCAGUCAGGAGGGAGAGCAGUGUGUCCAGAAAGAGUCCAUUGCUCUGACGGAGACCUCUACUCUCCAGGAAGAUGAAGAGGAACCACAAACUGACCAGUUUUCUUUACGCAUCUCUCCAGUAGUUGAGACCAAAGAUCAAGAAGGAAGCAGCUCCACUUUGUCAGAGAGUCCUUGUCAAGCUGACACAAAGAAAUGGUCUGUCAAAUGUGACAUUUGUGGGAGAUCUUGGAAGCAAAAGUCCAAACUGAAACUGCAUUACCGAAUCCAUACUGGAGAGAGACCUUUUAUCUGUCAGACAUGUGGGAACGGUUUCUCCAUACAUGAUAAAUUAAACUUACGUCAGAGGAUUCACACAGGUGAGAGACCUUUUUCAUGUGAAGUAUGUGGAAAGAGUUUCACUCGAAGUGAUCAUUUAAAAGUUCACCAAACAACUCAUACAGGAGAGAGGCCCUUUUCUUGUCAAAUAUGUGGGAAAUGUUUUUCUCAAAUUGGUGAUUUAAAUGUUCACAGGAGAGCCCACACAGGGGAGAGGCCUUUUUCUUGUCACACAUGUGGGAAAUGUUUCUCUCAGAUCGGCCAUUUAAACUCUCACAGGACAACCCAUUCCGACGUGAGACCUUUUCCUUGUAAAGCUUGUGGUAAACGUUUUACUAGCCAUUAUUACUUAAAUGUACACCAGAGAAUCCACACAGGGAUGAGGCCUGUUUCUUGUGAAUCGUGUAAAAAAAGCUUCACUAAUGUUAGCAGACUGAAUUUUCACAUCAAACAAAAUCACACAAAUGAGAAGUAGCCAUUUGACUUUAACACAGUUAUAAAUAUAAUGAAAACUUUAUUGAUCUCACAAUGGAGAGAUUCACUUCUACUUUUAACCCAUCCCCUUGGGAAGCAGUGGGUCUUGCUCAGGGACCUGGGUCUGUGGGAGUUGAACUUAGAACCUCCGGGACCCACUAGGCCACCACUCCUCAAACAUAUUAUAAUAUUUAAACUAUUCCAGGUAGUUUUCUCUUUCCAAAUUUUAUAUCUAUAGCAAAAUUAAAAGGUGAGGUGUUGGGUUUAUCGGAACAUUUUUAACCAGACCUUAAGAAAUCUUGGAUUCUGUGAACACCGCCAGCUUGGACCUAAUAGACAAACAGAGCUUUAUCCUUAAGCUCAGAUAACCCUAACCCUACAUAGGAAAAUAAUGAAAAAGAAAGAAUAAACGGAUUAUUCAUCAGAGUAUCAGAGUGGAUGAUUGGGGUCACCUGUAAAGUGUCUGCAUACCCCUUUGAAAUCAGGUUGGUGCAUCCCUGCCUAUAGGAUGACUUGAACUCGUGGAUCAUUCCAAUAAAUAAUGGCAGUCUGUCAAAGUCAUGUCAUCAAUCCAGACAUCCUGGACACACAAAACUUUUUAUCAGCUGCUUUUUAAACUUUUAUUUUGCUGAACAGAGUCCCGUGUCAUACCUGUCUCAUGUGUUGUGCCUCAAAGCUCUAUGAUCGGCCCCCUCCUCUCCUCACUAUGUAGUAGAUGGUCAGCUUCCAGUUUAAAAAUGAUGGAACGUUUACUGGAAAAUAUAGGUGCUAAUUUUCAUUUUUUUCACCAACAUAAAAUUUUGUUGUACAAUGUCUCUUUUCAGGAUUUAGUAAAGUAACCAGUCUUUAUUGUCCUUCUAUUUUUAGCUAAAAUUCGGACCAUUCAUUGCUCAGAUGCAUGUACUCAGUCGUAGACUCUACGGAUGUUACCUUUUGUUGAUCUCUGCCAACUGAAAUGUAAUUUCUUUUAAAUUGUGUUUUUAUUUAAAAUUUUUAUGCUUAUUUUAAUUAGGUCGAAUAUUUCUAUUUUUCAGUUUUGAGGUUUAUAGCAAAGUAACAUUUUUGUUAUGCAGUUUUGUUUUUGUUAAGAAAGGUCCAACGUUUUUUAAAUAAAUGUGGAAUUUAAACCCAUUCAGAAAGUUUUUGAUAUGAAAGUUUUGCUGCCAUGAAAUUUUAAAGUGAUUUUUUUAAAGUUUUAUUGCAGCAGGGAUCAGAAAAAAUACAAUUCAAUGUAUUUUUAUAGCACCAAUUGACAUAUUGUCUCAAGAACCUUUAGAAAGUCAAUAAAUAAUAACAAAUAAUUCGGUCUAUGUCAGAGAAUGCUGUUGCUAUUAUUUUUAGAUGUUUUUGAAAGGUUCAAAUUAAACUUUUAACAGGAUCAAGAUGAUUAGAAUGAAAAAAAAAAAAACACUAACUGAAAAUACAUUGUUAAAAUAUAUAGGUAAAACGAUUGUGAGGGGAAAACAAUCUGAAAAUUCCUAAAGUUUCAGUACAUUUUGAUAUUUUCAGUUCAAGAAAAAGAAAUGAAGACUGACAUUUUUUGGCUGUAAUAAACUUUUGCCUGCAAAAUUCUGUCCAUUGUUUGUUUAUCUAUUUAUUUUCUCCCCCGUAUAGGAGUGUAGCAGGAAUUAUUGUCUUAAUGCCAAAGAGAGCGCAACAAAUUUUACUUUCACAAGUGGAGCCUUACUGUGUUCACCAUAGUCCUCUGCUUGAUUUAUAUAUACAAGAAGCUUUAUCAGAUUUUACUCUGGGACUAUUGCAUGUUCAGAGGACACUGAAACGGGAAGGUAGGAGAGAAACAGACGAGACAAAAUGCUAAAAGGGAGAAAAGGUGAAAGAGAAAGAGGAGAGAAAAGGGAGAGAGCAAUAUAACGUCCUCAAAGCACCUGUAGGUGUUUGUCAGAGUGCACAAUGCGGAAUCCUCUGGGAGCCGCAGGGAUGAGCUUGUGUUUCUUUAAGUUUUUUGUUGUCUUUGUCCUGUCAGAGUGAAGGUGAGUUUAUAUGUUGCCUGGAAAAGUGAUUUAUGUUUAGAGUAACUUUUUUUUUUUAAGCCCUGGUUGAUUAAAACCUUUGAGCUGGGCAAAAAUUAAUCGCUCUAGAUUUUCCUCCACCUUUUUGCCGCUCUCACUACAAAUCACAAACGUCAUAGUCCAUGGAGAUUUCUGUCUAACCCUGUUUGUCAACCUGUCCAUCGCCACAGUGAACAAGAAGGGGAUCCUUGAUGCAGUCCCACUUCCAAUUCUAGCUCCUCUGUGACACCUACAGCACACCUCACCACUGACUCUCCUACAUGUACUGCGCUGCUCUAACAUACUUCUCUGCUUCUCCAGACUUCCACAUACAAUACCCACAGCUCCUCUCUAGGCACCCUGUCAUAUGCUUUCUCUAGAUCUACAUAAGCACAAUGCAGCCCCUCUGACCCACUCUGUACUUCUUUAUCAACCACCUUAAAGCAAAUACUGCAUCUGUAGUACUUUUUCUUGGUAUGAAACCAUACUGAUGCUCACAGAUCCUCACUUGUGAUACUCUAGCUUCCACUACUUUUUGCCAUAACUUUAUUGCACAACUCAUCAACUCUAUGCCUCUAUUAUUGCCAAAACUCAGUACUUCUUACUUGUUCUUGAACAUUUGUAGUGGCAUCUUCUCGCUCUUCAAGAUCUCAUUGAACGGCCUAGUCAAAAACUCUACCACUGUCUCUCCAAGGCACUUCCAUACAUCUACAGGUAUAUAAUCAGGACCCACUGCCUUUGCAGCCUUCAUUUGUCAAAAGUAUUCCCUAAUACUCAUUAACCUUUUCUACUUUCUGUUUUAUAAUUGAUGUUUCUUCUUAAACUGAGCUUAACAAUAGUAUGAGGUCCAAGAUGCUGGUUUUCACAGACUCAGAUUG